AUGAGACUGAGUUUUCUGCUUCUGAUCUUCACACCAACCUCGUUCUGCGCCCCCUCGCCACACGUGGCGCAGGUGGUCUUGGAGGCGGAUGGGGGCACUGAAACGGAUCUUCACCCACUGCUGCGCAAAGAGGCUCAACCGAACCUGCUUCAGGAGGAUGCUGUGGGAGACAUGAUGCAGCAGCAACCAACUUCAGGAUUCAACAGCUCGUCCGGUCUGUGGAAGGAGAUCCGCAAAAGAGCAAAGGUCACAGCCGUUGAGCCAUUCUCUGCAGACGCACCUCCCACUGUGGUUUACACAGGACAGACGGCCUCAGCUGCGGCGACGAUCCUCAUCAGCACGACCACCUGCUUUUCUGCAAUUGCAUGGGCAGUGCAGUCCAAGAUGAAGUUUGUGAAGGAGGCAACUUGGCAGACACUGGGUCCUGCCAUCGCCAUGUUCUGUGCGCUCCAGCUCUUCUAUAUUCUUCGAGAGGUGACCAACUUGCUGGUCGCCGAUAAUGUGGCGACGGAGGAAGUCUCAUUGAAGGGAUUGAGGCCGGAAGAUGCACCGGCUGUUGCUGCAAGUGGAGCCGGCUCAGUGGCGGUAUCGUUUGCACGCUUUGUCCUUGGCUAUGCCGUGCUGCAGUCCAUCUUUGUCUUGAGCAGGCAGCGGAAGCUGGCGAUGGAGAUUGCUGCCAGUUUCGGGUCUCAGCUCGUUGGCCUCCUCGCGGCAGAUGCCUUUGCAACAUGGCAGGAGACUCCGUACUGGAACACCGCUGGCAUGAGCUUCGCUUUCGUUAUCCUGUCCGCGGUUGUGCUGGCCCUUGUGCUGGUGCCAGCCGCCAUGUUGCGGACGAAGGUGAUCACCGCCGACGAACAGAAGGCCGAAUGUCAGAAAAGCGACGAGCUGAUCGCUUGCUUUGGAAUUUCGCUGUGCUUUGCGCAGUUCUGGCGCUUUCUGCUGGCUGGGCAGCUGCCCCAUUACCUUGGGGUACAGCGCAGCAGCUAUAAUAGAUCAGAGACACUUUUCUUGUUCCUUGUGUGGGCUAAACUCUUUGUGCUGGCGCUCGCAUUGGACAAGUUGGUCUCACGGUUCCAAGGGCCUGUGCCUGAAGGAGCUGGGAGAUUCUACAGUUGCUUCCACAAGUGCAUGCAAGCUGCGUCUGUUGUUCCACUUGCUAUGGCCAUGACUUCUGCCUGGUGUUGUUUCUAUUGGGCCAAAUGGGCCACCUAUUCCAUCCUGGUCACUGCCGAAGAAGUCGUCGCGGCAGGAUACUUCUUGAAAGCGGAAAUGUACGCAGCGAUCGUGUUCUCCCUCCUGUGCUUUGCAACUAUAUAUGCCGGCAUGCAUGUGAGUGAGAAGUGGCCACACAUGGUCGCUUCCGUGAAAUUGAGUUCAGUUGCCAGCAUCUUCGUCUUGUCUUUGUCCUGGAACAGUGCAUUCCAGAGCGCGUGCGCCUUCAGCAAGGACAGCACCUCCAGCGAAGCCUUGCAAGUCUUCGAUCGCUGCCUGAAGUGCCAGUGGAUGUGUGUCCUCCUGAUCCCUGUUUGGCUCCAGCUUGUUCUUCCCCAUCUCGCGAAGAAGGAUGGGGAAGAUGAUCCCAAGAAGGCCGAGACAGAGGCAAAAAACAAGGCUGGUGACGACAAGGCUGCAGCAAAGGUGGAAGGGCAACCAGGCGGUGGGGCAGAAGGAAACCAACCUGCAGCACCAGCCGAAGCACCCGCCGAACAGGAAAAGCAGGGCGAGGGGAGCCAGCCUGCAGCAGGCGAAGAUGACCAGUACUGA